AUGACGAAAGUUACAACUCGUGGCCGUGCAAGAGGUCGAGGACGGAGUAAAAACUCCAGACAGCCAUUAACAGUACUUGAAGAACCAGUAUCUACAGCUCCUGUUACAAGAAAAAGCUCACGAGCAGUCAAGAAAAAAGAAUUUAAUAGGAAUGAUUUUGAUACUUCCAAUGUAAGAAGUCGUAAUGGUACAGGACGAUCUCUUCGUGGUGGAUCCUCUACAGCUGGAAAGGGAUCUCGUGGUCGACAAAGGAAGAAGAGGAGUGGUUCAGUAGAAUCUGACAAGUGGGUAUCUGAUAAAACAGAAGCUGAAGAUGAAGAUGAAGAUGAUGAUGAUGAAGAAGAAGAAGAAUUGUUUGUUGGGGAACUACUGCGUAGAAGUAGCCGUGUUCGUAGUUUAGGCACAAAAAACAAAUUGUUGUGCAUUAGCACAUCAAGUGAUGAAGACAAAUCUGAAACUAAUGAAGAUACUAGUGAUGAAGAAUUCCAGUUACCUAAAGGUAGAAAUGCUCGAAGAGCUGCUGCUCGAUCUGCUGGUAUCAAAGAAGCUCAGAAAAUAGAAGAAAAUGACAAUGAUAAACCUUGCUGUCAUUGUCAGAAAUUUGAUCACCCAGAAACUAUUUUACUCUGUGACAAAUGUGAUGCUGGUUAUCACACCCUUUGUUUAACACCACCACUCCACAUCAUUCCUGAAGGAGAUUGGUUUUGUCCUCCUUGUGAACAUAAAAUGUUGUUAGAAAAAUUAACUACAAAUCUUCAUGAACUUGAUCUCCAGCUGAAAAAGAGAGAACGUUUGAUGAAACGGAAGGAAAGGUUGGCUUUUGUAGGCAUAAGUUUGGAUAAUAUUUUAUCGGAAAGAAAAGAGAAUAUGGAACCUAAUGUGGAUUGUCCAAAUCAGUCAUCCACAACAAGAACUUGUCGUAUUCGAAGAUCUAUUAACUACAAGUUUACUGAAUUUGAUGAACUUAUUGACAGUGCUAUUCAAGAUGACUUAAGGACUGUUACUGAUCCUGAUAUUGAGGGUGCUGCUGAAGAUAAAGAUGACAGUAAUCAAAAUGGAAAAGACAUGUCAAAUAUUACCAAUUCAAUUGAAGGACCAGUAAGUCGAGGUAAAGAUAUGGAUACUAUAAUGACAGUGUAUAGUGAAACCAAUGACCUUCGACCACAAGGUAUUCAAGCUAAGAAAGAAGCUGGACGACGACGUGGGAAAGAUAUUUCCAAUCUUGUAGGAAACGGUAGUGACAGUGAUGAACAGUAUCCAGCUCCACGGAAAAGGCGACCAAAACGAAAGCUUACAACUCUUGACAGUGACAGUUAUGGCUCUGAGAGUGAUGAGUAUAAAGCAUCUGAAGAUUCUGAUGUAUCUGUUGAUGUGGAUGCAAGUGAUUAUUCAGAAGAAGAGGAUGAAGAAGAUGAAGAUGAUGAAGAUUAUGGAAUCAGACGCCGUUCUUCUCGAACAUCAACAAGGCAAAACUAUCGUGCAUCUAGAAAAUCUGGCAGAGGUACCACACGAAGAAGUAGACGGCAAAAUUUUGAUGAUUUUGUUGUAGAUGAUGACUAUGACAGUGAAGAGAGUGCUAACUAUCGACGAUCCACACGUGCAUCUGUCAAAAGAAAAGUCAAUUAUCGAGAAAAAGCAAGUGAUGAAGAAGAUGAAAUGACACCUACAGAAGAUGAAGAUAGUGAAGAAAGUAGUGCAGAAUUUUCUGAUUUAGCAGGUCUGGACCUCAGGUCCUUCCAUAAUGCUUCCACAAUGAAGACAAUUCUGCUGAAAAAAUACUUGAAUUUUUCUGGUUAA